AUGCAGUUCUUCGUCAAGCUAUUGGCGGUUCACCUCGCGGUAGGCAAGAGCUCAUUCGGAGCCGCCCUGCCCCUCGACGAGAGAUCUCCAUGUGAGCUUACCGAUAUCAUUCGGUUAUCCCUUCGUGACGCUGCCUUCGCUACCGAAUGGACGAAGCGAUGUGCCUCCCCUGAAAUCAUCGAUCAAGCACUCGAAAAGCGUGGUAGCUCGCCGCCUGGAUAUGGAGGUGAUACAACCACUUCCACGCCAUCUAGCACGAAAGAUACUACCGCAACCUCUUCGUCGACUACCCCGGACUCGCCAGGUGGCUAUGGCGGAUCCUCGUCAACUUCGACCACGACCAAGGUCUCCACUACCUCGAGCAAAUCUACGCCGGUAUCCACCAGCACUGUAUCUUCGACGACUGCAAAGACGAGCUCCUCCACUUCUAGCACUACCGAGUCGAAGACAUCCAGCGCCGUUUCUACCAAGCCAGAAAGCAAGACGUCUUCUACUAGUACCACCAGCAAAGUGGAAAGCAAGAGUACCAGCUCAACGUCUACUUCAUCGUCGGCCUCGAGCACACCUGUCGCAACGUCCAAGUCAAGUUCGACCUCGACGAAGCCCGGGUCUACCAGCUCUUCAGUGACAUCCUCGCAGAAGUAUAACGUCCCAGGUGCGAUGCAUUCGUGUGCGCAGCACUGA